AUGGUAACCUACUAUGCUGUGGUAUCAUACAUAAUGUGGUAUCUCCUGCAUAAUGGACUCUCUCUCUCUCUCUCUCUCUAUCUCUCUAUCUAGGACGAUGACAUCAUCAAGGAGAUCAAUAUCACCCACGUGGUCAAGGAGGGCUCGGAGAAAGCCGAUGCCCGCCAGUUUGAGCUGCUUAAAGUGCUGGGCCAGGGCUCCUUUGGCAAGGUAAGAGAUUGUCUAAGGUAGCGCAUUUCCCAUGUUCCAAUAAUCCUCUGCCUGUGGUGGAUUGGUUUAAACAGUGGAAUAGAAAUCUUGCUUUGACUUGUCCACUCUGGGAAAGAUCAGUGAUGACCAGUCAUCAACCAUAAAUCAACUCACUGAUUAGAACAGGGAUGGGUAACUCCAGUCCUCGGGGGGCAUGAUUGGUGUCACACUUUUGCCCCUGCCCCAGCUAACACCUGACUCCAAUAAUCAACUAAGCGUGAUCUUCAGUUUAGAAUGUAAUUAGUUUAAUCAGCUGUGUUUGCUAGGUAUGGGGAUAAAGUGUGACACCACUCCGGCCCCCGAAGACUAGAGUUGCCCAUCCCUGGAUUAGAACAAAAUGGGACUAACAACACUGUGGUGGAUGAUGGUUAGAACAAAAUACAUAAUUCACACACUGCUGUUUUACUACACUUCUGACCUUGUUAGGGAAGCGAAUCAUGUUUGACUUUGUGACAGUUACUAAUGACUGACUGCUAAGCUUAUCUCUUCAGUAGAAAUACUUAACACUCUAAACCAUGCAGAAAGCUGGUGUUAUAGCACAGUGGGUUUCAGACAUCUUCUCCAGCCGUUCCACGCAUUUGAACUAUUCCACAGAUUAGUCUGAUUCGACUAAUCAUCAAGCCCUUGACUAGGUGAACCAGGUGAGCGUGUUCAGGGCUGCUUCACAAUUGUGAAAAGUCUGGGGGUCCCAGAGGAGAGGUUUGAAAACCCCUUGCUUUAGCAGCGUUCAAUCACUCAAGCGUAGCUUAUGGCUGUGAUUGUGCACAUAACAAGAAAGCCUCCAUAAUAGGAAGGCAAAACCCUGCAGAUGAAAGCGUCAAAAUUCCGUAUGGCUUGAGAAUGAAUUUUUCAGACAAGGACUGAUGCUGAUGUUAAUAUGUCAUACCUGGAUUUUACACACACACACACACACACACACACACACACACACACACACACACACUGCCAGGCUUUCACCUCACUGUUUCUCCCACCCCUCUGCUUGCUCUGCUAAUGUGCAAACAUGAGGUGGUCUAGAUUAGGGUUAUUUAGAGAGCACUUAAAACACAUUAUAGACAAAUACAUUCCAUGUUCAUGUGUAAUUAGUCCAAUUACAACAAGUACGCGUACAGUGAGGGGGAAAAAAGUAUUUGAUCCCCUGCUGAUUUUGUACGUUUGCCCACUGACAAAGACAUGAUCAGUCUAUAAUUUUAAUGGUAGGUUUAUUUGAACAGUGAGAGACAGAAUAACAACAAAAAAAUCCAGAAAAUCGCAUGUAAAUUUUUUUAUAGAUUGAUUUGCAUUUUAAUGAGGGAAAUAAGUAUUUGACGCCUCUGCAAAACAUGACUUAGUACUUGGUGGCAAAACCCUUGUUGGCAAUCACAGAGGUCAGACGUUUCUUGUAGUUGGCCACCAGGUUUGCACACAGGAAACCCAUUGGGAGCCAUGGUGAAGACUUGCUACACAAGCGUUGAGGUGUCUGCAAUUUGAAGAGAACUCUUCUUGACCUUUGACAUUGCGGAGGAGCAGUUAAGUAAACACUGUUUUUAAAUGCUAAUCGCUUUUGGCUAAUUAAUGUCUCGCACAUCUCCUUCUAUUGUCGAGUGUUUUCGUAAAGGCAGCGAUCGUGUACACAGAAUGAUACUGUCUCCUGUGACACUUGAUUCAGAUGGAAUGAGGCGAUUAGAAUGCAUGUCCAUGAUAUAAAAUGAUUGAUAUCAUGAAAUUAGUCAUGAUAUCAUGAUUAUUUCCCUGUGUGUAUCUCUCUUUCAACAGCAAUCCCUUGUUAAUCCUAGCGAUUUGUUUUUAAAUGGUGUUUUACUUGUUUCAAUAAUUGGUUAAAUUUCUGCGCAAGCAUACGAUAAAGUAUAAUUUUCAUCAUUGGUCACAGGAAGUCAUCCUAGAGCAGUGGGACAGUCUGAUGCUACUCCACCCCCACUGCAGAGGGAAGCCUUGUGUCGUGACAUGAGAAAGCACCACCGCUGCUGCUGCGUCACUGAAAGACCAUUGGUUCCUCCUGCAGCUGCUGAAAGAUCAUUGGUCCUCCUGGCAAUUAAUGCCAUCAGGAUCAUGUGAUCAAACUAACUCGGCGUUCUCACCAUCCGAUCUUGCAUGGAGCCCCAGGCCGAGGGAGAUUGACAGUUCUUUUGUGUUUCUUCCAUUUGCGAAUAAUCACACCAACUGUUGUCACCUUCUCACCAAGCUGCUUGGCGAUGGUCUUGUAGCCCAUUCCAGCCUUGUGUAGGUCUACAAUAUUGUCCCUGACAUCCUUGGAGAGCUCUUUGGUCUUGGCCAUGGUGGAGAGUUUGGAAUCUGAUUGAUUGAUUGCUUCUGUGGACAGGUGUCUUUUAUACAGGUAACAAGCUGAGAUUAGGAGCACUCCCUUUAAGAGUGUGCUCCUAAUCUCAGCUCGUUACCUGUAUAAAAGACACCUGGGAGCCAGAAAUCUUUCUGAUUGAGAGGGGGUCAAAUACUUAUUUCCCUCAUUAAAAUGCAAAUCAUGUGUUUUUCUGGAUUUUUUGUUGUUAUUCCGUCUCUCACUGUUCAAAUAAACCUACCAUUAAAAUUAUAGACUGAUCAUUUCUUUGUCAGUGGGCAAACGUACAAAACCAGCAGGGGAUCAAAUACUUUUUUCCCUCACUGUAUACACAAACCCACUUCAUGUUCAUUCGUAUUCAUUCCAUUUAAUUUGCAUCUCCCUCACACUUCAGACGACAAGUGUUUUUUCCUCCGGUUGAGCUUAUUGCUCUGGGUGUCAGGCCAGGCUGUUUCGCAGUAUGAAAUGACUUUCAUUAGUUUGACUAACUUGGCCUACUACAUAAUGGAAGUUUCAUGGUGUUUAGGGGAGGUUUUGGUUAAAAAAUACAGUAUUUAUGGUCUUAUGCAGGCCAGGAAGAAUUCCAGAGAACAUCACAUGUAGUUAUACCGAUGACCAUUCCCCUUGUCGGUCCCAUAGGUUUCUAGCUUACUGCAUUGGAUUGAGCACAGAAAUUGAAAUAUUAUUGGUAUAUUCAAUAUUGCCGCCAGUCCCGCCAUCACAGAGCAUUGACUUGGAUGGGAAUGUCCGUUUGUCCGUUCUAGUACUUCUAUUUCUGAGAUUGAGAGUUGGAUGUUGCCUGCAGGUGUUCUUGGUGCGGAAGGUGACGCCGCCCGACGACAACGAGCUGUACGCCAUGAAGGUCCUGAGAAAAGCCACCCUCAAAGGUACGUACACACACACACACACACACACACACACACACACACACACACACACACACACACACACACACACACACACACACACACACACACACAAAGAGGAAUAGGGGUUGUAAACAUGUUGUGGAGUCAUGGGGUUGUAAACAUGUUGUGGAGUCAUGGGGUUGUAAACAUGUUGUAAUCCGUCCAACAGAGCCCACGGGUUUCAUAACCACAUCUUCAUAGGGAGGCUUGGUCUCACCUCUUUCAUUUGUUGACAUGUUUUUGUGUUCGCUCGAUACUCCACCUGUCAUUUUGCUUUACAAUUUUGCUCCCAGUGUUUUGAUCUUGUCUCAAGGCUUUGACAGUGAGAAGAAAUUAGUGUUUUUUUCAGUUAGUGGGUAUCUCCUGUAUGUGUAGUUGGAGAGGACCACCACACCGCCAGCUAGCAGUCUGUCAGUCGGUUCCCACCCUGUCAACAGGUGCUGUGGGAUCUUGCCUACCCUAGAUGUGAACACCCUGACAGUUUAAUUAUCAAUGGGAACAGAUUGUCUCACAGAAUAGAACUCACAGCCAUUGUGUGCUGAAAAUGUGUCUAAGUCAACAUAGGUUUACUUGGCACUCGACAAGAAUGUCCGUUCACAUUUUCAUUCUUUUCAUGUUUAAAAAAAAAAUGAUUUGUAUUAUCAAAAUAUUUCAAGGAUUGAUUAUUUGGCAUUUUGCUUUUGACUGAAUUCUCAAAUACUGUAUCCCUUGAGUGAGAUUGAAAUAUUAUUAGUGACACUGACAGUUUGGCAUUUGUUUAAGUUAUGUCUUAGCCAUGGUAGGAUUGUUUUGCGCUAACCUUCUGACGGCUCUGAAAUGGUCCGAUCCUUUCCCCACCCCCACAGUGAGAGACCGGGUGAGGACCAAGAUGGAGAGAGACAUCCUGGCAGACGUCAACCACCCCUUUGUGGUCAAACUCCACUAUGGUAAGUUCACAACCAGACCUUUGUUCAAAUAGUAUGGUAAAGGACCACAGGGCUGGUGGUGACAACGCCAUGUCACUUUUGUAGCGAUAACCUUUCCUCUGGUCAUCAUGGGCAGUGCCCUCCAUGUUUAUAUGAUGAAUGGGAAAAGCUUUGAGUCUCUAGCUUUGCCAGACAUUUUUAUGCAAAUGUUUUAGCACUGGAUAUACACUUGUGCAAGCCCAUUAAGUGUGUGUGUGUGUGUGUGUGUGUGUGUGUGUGUGUCUCCAGCAUUUCAGACAGAGGGAAAGCUCUACCUGAUCCUGGACUUUCUGAGAGGAGGAGAUCUCUUCACCAGACUGUCUAAAGAGGUGUGUUCUUAAUGUUUUCUGAGAGGAGGAGAUGUCUUCACCAGACUGUCUAAAGAGGUGGACCUCAAGGACCUAUAUUCCAGGAAAAUGUAUCUUUGUGACAUCUUAUGUGUCACGGUAAUUAUAACCUCUAUGCAUUACACUCAAAUGUGUUUUGUUGUCAGUAAUAUCGUGUGUGUGUGUGUGUGUGUGUGUGUGGUAUCCAGGUGAUGUUCACAGAGGAGGAUGUGAAGUUCUACCUAGCAGAGUUGUCACUGGGCCUGGACCACCUGCAUAGCCUGGGCAUCAUCUACAGAGACCUCAAACCUGAGAAGUAG